UGUUACUUAUUUAUCCAUUACAGUCCACUAGUUUGCCUCUCACGGAAACUGGGACUGAGUGAGUCGCCGCAACAACAGAUCUUCACGAGAGGUAAAAGCAAAUCGAGGCUCUGCUCAGUUCCAACAUUAUCAGCCCGUCGAGACAGCAGCUCAGCAACAGGCCACACGGUGCCAGUAGCGGCAGCAGGCGAUAAAUCGGCGCCAUGUCCAAACACUGACGUAAUUCAUGCCGAAGCCAUAUUGCAAGCGGCUAGUCGUCUUCUUCUACACUCCUCCUUACUGACUCGCUUGGCAGCUCUUCGGUGGAUCGAGCUGCUUGUAGAAGUGCGUCCAAGAAGCAUGUUUGCCAGGGCAGGCGACCUGUUGCCGUUGCUAUUGACUCUUGUCUCGGAUCCUGCCGAUGAGGUAUAA